AUGCCGUGCAUACCUGCCAUAGCUACCAUCUUUACUGCACGUCCCCAGCGACAUGUCAUCUGCUACGGUGAUUAUGUCACACCUUCGGACAAAGUCGGAUCAGGAACUCCGUCAAAACGAAUAGCUCAUGCAAGCAUCAUAAGCGAAGGCGGCCGAGCCAGCAGUGGUAAAGUGCGGUGCAAGUUGUCAUAA